CUUUUCUGCUAAUGAAAUCAACUAUUAGAUCUAUUGUCGAUAUGUAUGGUCUUGGUAAGAUAGACUACAGCAUAUUCACUUUUGGUUCACGUAUCAAGACCGCAGUUCGUUUCCAGGACGACUUUUCAUCUUCWAAUGACAUAAUCUCUGUCAUACGUACAAUUUCACGAAAUCGCGGACAGCUAGAGUUAGAUAACGCACUGAAGCAUGCAAAGGGUAUAUUCGAUGGGUCUGGUUUAAGAAAGAACUCGAURAAGGUUCUUGUCAUAAUGACCGAUAAAAAGUCCGAAGUWAGUGCCUACGAUAUCAAGUCAGCGGCUAAUCCAUUGCUUCAGCAAGGCAUUCUGRUUAUUCCUGUUGCUAUUGGUGAUGAAGCGGACACUAGUGAGCUCCGAGGUACCACCUCAAAGCCAAGUAACGUCCUGAAAUCAGAUAAGAAUGAAAAUCCCAAUACUCUUGGAAAAGAAAUUAUGGAAAAGAUAUUCAAAGAAUCAGGUUCCAAAAARCCUAUGAUGGCUGAUAUUGACUUGGCGUUCUCCAUCAGUAUUGCUUCAAGUUCGUCACAAGACAUCUUUAACCGUAUGAAGAACACCGUUAAGUACAUCAUUGACAACUAUGGAACAGAUAGCAUMCAUUACAGCAUGAUUACAUACGGAGCUAGAGUCAUUGACUUUAAAUCUAUUGAGCGAUUUCCAAGUCUUGACGAUUUUAAAAGCUUCAUCGACAAAGUGCCUUACAGCUCUGUGGGAACACCGCUGAACACGGCACUGCAGGCUGGAAUCGACGCUUUCAAUUCCCCGACUGCUCGACCAAAAGCUCGUAAAGUUUUAGUUGUUAUCAUGGACCAUAGUACUGGGGCUACUGUAAAUGAAAUCAGGUCAGCGGCCCAAUCUCUCAAGAGUAAGGGGGUCAAGGUCAUCCCUGUUGCUGUUGGCAGCGAKUCUGAGCCUGAUAAAAUGACCAAUAGCAGUCCAGAUAAGGGUAAUUUGAUAACAGURACGAGAGAUGAGAAACCCGAGGUGUUGGGAAAACAAAUUAUGGAAAAGGUUUUCAAAGAUAACAUCCCUAAAAUCGAUCUAGCCUUUGCUUUGAGUGCAGACUCCAAUGAAGCCAGUAAAGUAUUCCGUUUAAUACAAGACACUAUCAAGUCCGUGAUUACAAAAUAUGGUAUAACAGAUAUUCGUUAUAGUAUUAUAACAUUUGGUCAAACGACAAACGUACGGCUGCUAUUUGGGGCUUUACUGAGGGACCCUGAUCAACUCAAGAGAAUCGUGGAUAAUAUUCCAAGAGAUGUUGGGAUCCCUGUGCUUGCUAAAGCCCUUGAGAAAGGACGUGAAGUGUUUAAGGAUCCUGGGGCGAGAAAGGAUGCUAAGAAGAUCCUGGUUGUCAUCGUGGACAAGAAGUCAGGCAGCACCGAGAGAGACGUAAGACGCCAAGCCGCUUCUCUGGAAAAUGAUGACAUUCACGUCAUUCCCGUUGCUAUUGGCAACAAGGCUGAUACCAGUGAACUUGARCAAACUACGGCUGACCGAAAAUACCUCAUAACUGCUCCAACUGAUGAAGACCCCGAUACACUUGCAGAGAAGAUCAUGAAGAUGGCAUUCUCUGUUCGACCAAAGUCAUGUCAAGUCGAUAUCAUGUUUGCUGUCAGCGCGACGUCUUCAGAUUCCRCCACGACAUUYAAUCUGAUAAAAGAUACAAUCAAAUCCAUAGUGGAUCAYUACAGYGAUACGAGACAUAACCGGUACAGCCUGCUUGUCUUUGGUUCACGAGUUGUUAGUACUUUCAAGUUCUCUGAGAAGAUCCUGGUCUUAAUGAUGGACAGUAGGCCAAUAGUGAACCGUGACAUCAUCAAAUCUGCAGCCAGGCCUUUACAGACGUCAAAUAUCCAGAUUAUUGGUGUUGCCAUUGACAACGCAGCGAUUACAACAGACCUUCAAAAUGCCAUGGUUACCACACCAAAUAAUCUAAUAACAGUGGAGAAGACAGCAAAACCUGGCAAAGUUGGUGAUAAGAUUAUGCAUGGAGUGUUUCCAGGUCUAGCCUAUGAUAUAGACGUGGUAUUUGCCAUCAGUUCGUCUUCACGUGAUGCCGAUACCAUUUACCCGCUGAUGAAGGACACAAUCCAUUCCAUCAUUGACACGUGUGGCGCAAGCAGAAUUCGAAUGAGUGUCAUCAUCUUUGGCUCCCAGGCCUCAACACGACUAAGAUUUGCCGAUAAAAUGCCUGGACCUGAAGAUCUUAAAAGGUUUAUUGGAAAUCUCCCCAGAAGGUCAGGUGCACCAGCCAUUGAUAAGGCCAUGGAGGAAGCCAGGAAACUUUUCAGUGAAUCAGGUAGUAAUAAGAACUCCCGCAAGGCUGUUGUGAUAUUUGUUGACAGAAAGUCAGAUUCAACRGACGCGGCCAUCAAAGCAGGAGCAAGGGCUCUAGAGAAAGAAGGUGUCAGGGUCGUUCCUGUGGGGUUUGGMCGAGAUGUCGAUGCAAGCCAGCUGUUGUUGACUACUCCAGAAAAAGAUAAUCUUUUACAGGUUACAAGGAAUGAUAAUCCAGAGGCUGUCGGAAAGAAAAUUGUGGUUAUUCUAUUAAAAGAACAAAUCAAAAUUCCGAAGAUCGAUUUAGCACUUGCUGUCACCGCUACAGCUACCAACGCCGACCAAACCUUCAAACUUACCAAAGACGCCAUCAAAUCGAUAAUUGAUCGCUAUGGCAUCGGAGCACUGCGAUAUAGCUUCAUAGUGUAUUCCGACGAAGCGUCGAUGAAGACAGAUUUUAAGGAUAAUUACACUGAACAACUAUUGAAGAAGUUUAUUGACGCUGUACCACGUUUGCGCGGUGGAUCAUCAUUGGACAAAGCGAUGAAAGAAGGACGCAAGGUGCUGAGGGGGCCUGGGUCUCGUCCCGAUGCGCACAAGGUUUUGGUGAUCGUCACAGACAAGAAGUCGAAUGUCCCGGAUGUUGAUCUUCGUAACCAGGCCAGAUUUCUUGAACAUGAAGGUGUUGUCACRGUACCAGUGGGUAUCGGUAAAGAURUUGAUGUCGGUGAGUUGGGUAGCGUSACGAAAGACAAGGACAAUAUUCUUACGAUUGAUAAAAUUACUGAUCCAAGUGGUCUGGGCAGGAAGAUUGUUGAUAAGAUACUAGAAGCUUUAAACAGGGUUCCCAAGAUGGACCUUCUAUUUGCACUGAGUGCAUCAUCAGCAAAGUCAUCCCGCACCCUCCCCCUGAUGAAAAAAACUAUCAAUUACAUCAUAUCCACCUACGGUGUGGACUCUAUCCAUUAUGGAUUUAUCGUCUAUGGGUCAUUUGCUACCAUUCACCGAGAUUUUCAGGACAAAGUACUUGAUUCUGAGUCCCUAAUGAAAUUGGUCAGCGCACUUCCUAGUGAUAAUAGCGGGUCGUCAGUGAAUAACGCGUUGCUUAAAGCAAAACAAGUGUUUGAUGGAUCAGGUUCUCGUCCAGACGCUAAAAAAGUAYUGGUCGUGAUYACAGACAAGAGUUCUGGGCUAAGUGCAACUGACAUGAAAWCAGCAGCAAAACCUGUAGURUACAAAGGCGUCCAUAUCAUUCCYGUAGCCAUCGGUGACGAUGUUGAUCUCGCUACAUUUGGCGCUGUCUCCCCUCAGUAUAGGACCAUCACAGACAAAGACGAUGGRGAUCCUGUUAAACUUGGRAAAGAAAUCAUGAAAUUUGCCAUGAAAGAUGCMCCAAAAUUGCCCGAGAUGGAUGUCACGUUCGCUAUCUCCUCAACUGCAUCUCAGUCCGACGACACGUUUAGACGAAUGAAGGACGUARUCAAGUACAUAUACGAUGAAUAUGGCUUCACMAGAACAAGGUUCAGUAUUAUCGUGUUCGCAGACACAGCAAGAACGCUGCUGCGUUUUGAUGAGAAUGUACGAGUGUAUGAUAAGAAGAUGRUCGAGCUUAUAACUGGUUUGUCGCGAAGUCGAGGUGGGAGUAGCAUWAWUGCAGCACUCRGYGARGCAAACAGAGGAUUUGACAAAUCUGAUCGACCAGAUGCCAGAAAGGUUUUAGUCAUCAUCACUGACAAGGCAUCAGGACGCAGCUUAUCUGACAUCAAACGAGAUGCGRCGCCGUUACGUGACAAGAAAGUUCUUGUCAUCCCUGUGAGCGUGGGUGAAGAUGCAAGCACACCUGAACUAGAGCAGACAACGGACGAUAAAAGAAAUCUUAUUAAGAAGCCGAAUGACUUGGAUCCCCUUAAGACAGGGCAGGAAAUUAUCGAAAAGAUCGAGAAGGGGUUGAAACCAGAAACUCCUGAAAUCGAUCUGGUGUUUGCUGUCUCAGCCACAUCUAGCCUUGCUGACCAAACAUUUCGUCUCAUGAAGGAUACCAUCAAGACUAUAGUACAGACCUAUGGAACUGAGCGUAUACAAUACGGUCUGAUAGUGUAUGGUGCUGUUGCUACCACCAGGAUUUCAUUCGAUGCACAGGUAUCCUGA